AUGAGCGCCUCCUCCAAGAUGCUCCGCAGCUCGCUGAGCCGGCGGUCGGGGCGGCAGCGCAGCAGCAAGGUGAUGUCGGUGGCCAUCGAGGACGUGCGCGACGCCAAGGAGGCGGCCUCCGUGGACGCGUUCCGGCAGACGCUGGUCCUGGAGGAGCUCCUCCCGGCGCGCCACGACGACUACCACAUGAUGCUCCGCUUCCUCAAGGCCCGCAAGUUCGAGAUCGACAAGAGCAAGCAGAUGUGGUCCGACAUGCUCAACUGGCGCAAGGAGUUCGGCACCGACACCAUCAUGGAAGAUUUCCAAUUCGAGGAGGUGGAGCAGGUGCUGGAGCACUACCCGCAGGGGCACCACGGCGUGGACAAGGACGGCCGGCCGAUCUACAUCGAGAAGCUGGGCGCCAUUGACACCACCAAGCUGCUGCAGGUCACCAGCAUGGACCGCUACGUGAGGUACCACGUGAGGGAGUUCGAGAGGGCCUUCGCCCUCAAGUUUCCGGCCUGCUCCAUCUCCGCCAAGCGCCACGUCGACCAGAGCACCACCAUCCUCGACGUCUCCGGCGUGGGCUACAAGAACUUCAACAAGGCUGCGAGGGAUCUCAUCGGCCAGCUCCAGAAAAUCGACGGGGAUAACUUCCCUGAGACCCUGUGCCGGAUGUUCAUCAUCAACGCCGGUCAGGGAUUCAGGCUCCUGUGGAACACCGUCAAGUCCUUCCUUGACCCCAAGACCACAGCCAAGAUCCAUGUUCUCGGCAACAAGUACCAGAGCAAGUUGCUGGAAGUCAUUGAUCCAAGCGAAUUGCCCGAAUUCUUUGGGGGCACUUGUGUAUGCGAGGGCGGAGGUUGCAUGCGCUCCGACAAAGGACCGUGGAAGGACCCUGAAAUCAUAAAGAUGGUGCAAUGUGGCUUGGGGAGGUGCGGGAUGAACAACUCGGACCCUGCCAGCGCCGAGGAGAAGACGAUCACCGAGGACGAUGCUGCGCCGGCUGUAAAGAAGCAAGAGUCGAUGCGCCGUGACGGCGUCGACUCUCCUAAGGUGGCGCACGACAAGGUCGAACACCCGCCGCAUAUGGCUCCCCUCCAUGAGGUGCCAAAUGAAGAGGCCAAGGAUUCGCAGGCUGCUCCUUCCGGUAACGAGGGGGGCUCCGCGCCCUACGACGAGCUCUUCCCCAUGGCGGACAAGGGCAUGGAUUUCAACUGGAACGGCGAGAUGAGCGCGGAGAAGCUCGCCAUCGCGAGAGAUAUGUACGCGUCGCUGCCGGACGCGUACAAGCACGGCGACGCCGGGGACCGGCAGGUGGUGACGGGGUUCAUGGCGUUCGUGAUGGGGGUGGUGGCCAUGUUCCGGGUGGGCAAGAUCGCGCCGAAGCGCGCCAUGGACGCGGCCAUGGGCAUCGCCACCAUGGAGGCCAUGGCCAAGAACCGCAAGCUCCUGCAGGCCCAGGGGCAGGGAGGGGGAGGCGGGGGCCCGGUCAUGGUGGCGGGGGUGUCGACGGCGCAGUACGAGGCGCUGGCCAAGCGGGUGGGCGACCUGGAGGAGAAGGUGGCCGCCCUCGGGUCGCGGCCCACCGAGAUGCCCGCCGACAAGGCGGAGCAGCUCGCCGCCGCCGCCACCCGGCUCGACGCCCUCGAGGCCGAGCUCGAGGCCACCAAGAAGCUUCUGGAGACGUCGAAAGGGCAGCAGGAGGAGGUGCUGGCGUACAUCGAGAAGAAGAAGAAAAAGAAGGGGAUGCAGAACCCGUUCCGUUGGUGAAGAAAAGAGCGCUGGCGAACGACGACCGGCGACCGCAGGCAGGGGGGAAGGGGGAGCAAAGCAAGAAAGGGAGAAGGAUGCAGCAAAAAGGAUGCAUACAUACAUACAUACAUACAUACAUACAUACAAUCUGGAAUGCCGAGGCUGAAUUGUGUGUGGUACUGCCACAUUAGGCCACAGGAUUUUGUAAUUUUGUUUUAUCUUGGAAGCAGAGAUCAAACUGUUUCAUGUGAAAUUAGCAGCAGCACUCCAAGCAAGCAGGUCCUAGCUAUGCCGAUCGCGUCUUGUCGAAACAUAUUUUGUGUGUGUAGAAGAAUUGUACUGUAUGUGUUUUGUCUUUAUAAAGACUCUGCUCAGUUUUGCGCUUCUGAAGAAUGAUGUGUAACUGAAACGUGAUGACACAAAAUUGGUGAUGCCUUGCAACAAUCUGCCUGCAGCUGGACAAGGGUAGGAGGAUUGUGGCACAAUCUGCCAAUAGCUGGACAAUAUGCUUGGUCUUGUUUCACCUGGUUAAUUGCAUCCCAUGAAACUACAGAUAGUUCAGCUAGCCU